CUCAGUGCCUGACUUCGCAGCACCGCAGACUCCAUUUUGAUAGCGGCGAAGCCCAGCGACUGAGCGGAAACUCCGGAGGCCGAAGCAGUAUAGGUGGUGCGGCACCAUGCCUAGAGUUCCGCUAAAACUGGCGGUAGUGUGCUCCAGCAAUCAGAACCGGAGUAUGGAGGCGCACCAUAUCCUCAGCAAACGAGGAUUCAACAUCCGGUCCUUUGGAGCAGGAACUCACGUGAAGAUUCCAGGACGAACCUUUGACAAGCCGAAUAUUUAUGAUUUCCAGACAACAUAUGAAGAGAUAUACAAGGAUCUUGAAAGGAAAGAUAAGAAAUUUUAUACACAGAAUGGCAUUUUCCAUAUGCUAGAUAGAAAUAAGAGAAUCAAGCCUCGGCCAGAAAGGUUCCAGGACUGCAAGGAUUUGUUUGAUCUUAUUCUCACUUGUGAAGAGCGAGUCUACGACCAAGUGGUGGAACAUCUGAAUUCCAGAGAACGGGAGACCUGCCAGCCAGUGCAUGUGAUCAACGUGGACAUCGAGGACAACUUUGAAGAGGCCACCCUCGGGUCGUUCCUCAUCUGUGACAUCUGCCAGCGUAUCCAGCUCACUGAAGACAUGGACAGUGAGAUCCAGAAGGUGCUGCAGGAGUUGGAGAAGAAGACCAGCAAGACCUUCCUGCACACUCUCUUCUUCUACUAAAGAGAA